AUGAAAAUUUCUUCGGCCUUAAAGAAAAAUGCAGACACCCUUAUUUAUUUUAUAAACAGCAUUGAAUAUUUUGCCAACAAAUUUUCAAAAGUACUUCCAGAAUUAUAUAAUUUAAAGGUAUUAAUACUAAACAUCGUUACAGAUGUCCUUGAAUAUCAUUUGAAAACUUCGAGAUUUCAACAUCUUGAAGUCCUUCAAAUAGAUUAUAUUAUGAUUAAUACGGUUAAUUGCAUGAUUAGAAACAGCGGAGGACGUCUCAAACUAAUUUUUAUCUGUGAACCUGAAAUCUUUGACCAUGACGAAUCCCUUACAUUUAUUCGUACCGUUCGUGAAAAUUGUUUUUUAAUUGAAUAUCUAUCACCCGUGUUCAUCACAUCAGACGAUCAUAUCAUUGAACUUGAACAUUUGCUGAUGACUUGCCAAAAGUUGAAGCUAUUAAUAUUAGCUAAGUAUAACAACUAUUAUUUGGAUGAAGAUAUAACAUAUGAAAAAAGAAUGAUGGCGUCGGGAGAAAAAAUAUUAAACGUAUUAAUUAACUCCGCUCCUAUUAGUCUAAAUGUAAUUGGAACGAUUUAUGAUUGUAAAUUUUCAAUUAAUAUCCUAGGAAAAUUUUUCGAGAAUUGGAAAGGUCGUCCGGCUCUUUCUUUUAUUACAUCAAAAUAUGGAUACGACAAUGAAGAAUAUACGAAAUUAAUUGAUAAAUACAAGGAUAAUGUUGUGAUUAAUGAAUUUAUAUAUAGUUAUAUGGAAAGAAUUGUUGACUAUUUUAGAUCAUAG